AAUCACUCACUCUUUCCGUUUCAGGCAACUUGAGCUUCUUGGACGUUUUGGAAUAUCCAAACUUCUCAUCUCUCCGAUCCUCAAGCUUUGAAGAGGCUGAGAGACUGACAUUCCCUUCAUUGCCCGGUGCUUCAUCCUCCUCCAUUACCUCAGCCUCGACCUCUUUGAAGCAAUCCACUUCAAGCUCACCUCCCAUGAAACUGUGCAAAAUGUACCUACCUCCCCCUCUCUCAUGCAUCACCAAGUAACAUUCCCCAGGGCAAAAGCAACCUGCACAAUCUGCUCUCGCACCUACAUCCGCUCCUUCACACGACCCUCCAAACACUGCCCCGCUUGCGAAACCGCGCUCUCCCUCCAAACACAAACCCUCCAAAACCCGCCGCCAUACAACCCCUCCACUGCCUUCUCAAAACAAGAACAAACACUCGUUGCCAAAGCUUUCUUUGACAGACCGGCGGAAAUGAACUUGAAGAGCAGGGAGAUACGGUUUCCGGAUGGGACGGUGGCGCGAGAGGAGUAUAAUACGAGUAAUGGGGUGUGGAAGUUCGUUGAGGGGGCGUUCGAGUGGUGGAGUGGAGGUGUGAAGGUUGCUUGACACUUGUCUUGGACGCAGAGAUGGAGAAACGGAGUAUGGUGUUGGGAGAUUGCUUGGGUAGGAAAAGGACAGAGAUCAUAUACCAAUAUACACGAAUUUAC